AUGGCGGCGGGGCCUGGUUCGAAGCCGAAACCGGGCAUGACGGUCGAGGAAUGCGAGAAUAUGAUCCAGAGAAGUCUCAGAACUCCCAAGGUGAAAUUUCUGAAGGAACACCUGGAGAAAUCAGGAUGUCGUAUUGGCAGCAAUUUCAUAAAGGCCAGCCAUUGUAAUGGAGCGACUGCUGGUGGUUAUGUUAGAGGCGAAGGGAUAGUAGUUUGUAGUAAUCAUCUGCGACUUCAAGAUGAGGUAACCCAAGUGGUGAUUCACGAACUUAUUCACGCGUACGAUGAAUGCCGUGCUGCGAAUUUUGACUGGUCUGACUGUGCUCACCUUGCUUGCAGUGAGAUACGGGCCGGCCAUCUUAGUGGAGAUUGCCAUUACAAAAGGGAAUUACUUCGUGGCUAUAUGAAGAUAAGAGGUCAUGAGCAAGACUGUGUUAAGCGAAGAGUGAUGAAAUCAGUGAGUGCAAAUCCACAUUGUUCGAAAGCAGCAGCAAAGGACGCAAUGGAAGCUGUUUGGGAUACUUGUUAUAACGACACUAAGCCCUUUGAUCGCGCUCCUUGA